CACUGUUACAUGUUCCGAGGAUCUUGCUCUUAGUCUUCCAGUUCUUCAGGAAAAUGGGACAGAAGAGGAGAGCAAAUUCCUGUGAGAAUGGAGAAAGUGUUUGGAAGCAGGGUCACCCCUGCCAUGCUGUAGAAACCAGCUGAGAAAGGAAGCUGAAAUAUCCUGGCAAGAGUUUAACUCCUACUUCUGGGGGAGGCCACAUGUCAUGGAGGAGGCUGAACAUGGGAAGCCACAAGGGAAAAAUCUGUAACUCAAGGAUUCUGAGCAAAAGGACUCUGAAAACAGCCUGGAGACACUGGACAUCUAAAAGCUUGCCGAAUCACAAGUUGAACAUGAUGUGAGAAAAUCAUAGUGUUGCAAAAAUAAAAAGACUGACACCAUUCUGAACUGUAAAGCAGGAGACAAUCUACCUUCAAUUUCCUUCUUUUCUGAGUUUUCCAAGCUGGUGGCAAUGGCAAAUUAUCUUGGAGUUACCUCAGCAGUGUCUUUCAUCUGGGUUAUGACCUUCCUGGCUCAACAUUACUUGGUAACAGGUUCCAUUAAUUCACCUUGCAGGAUCAAGGGUAUAGGAAUUUAUCUUGAUCGAAAAGCGAAUUUCUCAGAAGCAAGUAAUGGAUGUAAUCAAUUCCAACUACAGCUGGCAAGUAAAAAACAAGUUGAAGAGGCUCUGAAACAUGGCUUUGAAACAUGCAACUACGGAUGGGUGAAAGAGGGAUUUGCUGUUAUUCCUCGGAUAACGUCCAACCAGAAAUGUGGUCAGGGAAAAACUGGAAUAGUACAAUGGAAUGCUGGCAAGGAAAAAAAAUUUCAUCUCUACUGCUUCAAUUCCUCGGAUGUCCAGAUUAAUUCAUGUCAGCUAGACCCAACUACAACCACAUUUCCUUCAUCCACUGCAUCAAGCGACUUCACUGCAUAUUCAGCCUCUGAUUUGACUGAGAACAUCACUGCAGUGCCCAGUGUGACUGUGACUGAGUCAGAACAACUCCUGAAAAAGAGAUUUCGUGUGGUGUGCGUGACUGAAACGAUCUUACCAACGGAGGCGCCCACCACACCGACGCCAGAGGAGCACUCGCCCACCGCCUCUCCCAGGCACACUCCCCACCUGGCCUUUAAGAAUGAUGCUGUUGUUUUUGGAGGUAUCCCCACCGCACUUCUUGUACUGGCACUCUUCUUCUUCAUUAUUUCAGUUGUUCUAGCAGUCUGUUAUGUCAAAAAGUACAAGAAAACCUUACCAUUUUUAAACAAGAACCAGCAAAAAGAAACAGUUGUAACUACUGCCCUCAAAGAGACAAAAUCAAAUGACCAAACACCUGAGAAGGAAACACAGAAUAAUGGAAAUAAGGUAGAAGAAUGUAAAACUAAGCCUGAGGCCACGGUAAAAUGUCUAGAAGCAGAAGUUUAAAGGAAAGAAUGUACAGUUCUUGAUGGAGGUAUAAAAUGAAGCACACAGAACUUAGCAGUGCUUUUAAACAUAAGUGAUUGUAAAUACUCACAUUUUCUCUAUCUUUAACAUAUGAAACCUUGUUUUUUAAUAAUGACAACUUUGGCAACAAAUAUUCUUGCAGAAGAACAUGGUAUCUUAUUUACUUGAAAUAAAUUCUACAAAUCCAUAUUACAGCUCAUUUCUCAUCUUUAAUAAAGAAGCAAUUAGUAAUAUGCUAUUAACAACAUGCACUACAUUAACCAUUUGCAUGGAAUUCGGACCAGUAUAUAACAAAAAGGUUUGGAUAUCUGGCUGGAGGAUGUCUGCUAGCCUAAUGCCUAAAAUAAAAUGCUGAUGCUGUAGAUUAGCUCAUGUAGAUUAGUUUAUUUCCAUUCUGCAGUUGCAUGCUGCUUUUAAAAAAUGUCUGUUUACAAACAGGAGAAACAGUUCUGUUUACAAGGGAGUAAAAACUCAAAGGAUCAACCCACUGUUAUUCAAAUGCCCAAAGAAGGGUACACAGAUGCUGAUGUUUAUAUAUAUAUAUAUAUAUAUAUAUAUAUAUAUUUACAGCAAUAACUUACUUAGAUGCCUUCAUUGUAUCAUAAUUUACUGUUUUAUUUAUUGAAACCACUAUUGUUCUUCCACAUCAGAUAUUUGACAGAGAGGGACAAAAAAGCCCCCUUGAACAAGACUCACACUGGAGAUCUUUUUUGUCUAUUUAAGUGUGGCUUUCAUAAUAAAGGACUCAGGUGGUCUGGGAUGUCUGCAGUACUCUCUAAAAAAUGAACUAUGGUGGAUAUGUUUGUCUGGACAGUUUAUCCUCAUGAAAACUGUUUCACGGUAAAAAGAAUUCAUAUAACCUUAAUGUUACAAAAGUAAUUAGUUGUGAUAAAAUAACAACACUAGCAGUUCAUCAAAU